ACACUAUAAAUUGCUUGUGAGAGUUUUGGUAUUCAUCAAAUAGUUAUUUAGAUUUAUAUCUUUUAAGAAAAGAUUGUAAUCAAAAGAUGCCUCGUGGAACUCUUGAAGUGAUUCUCAUUGGAGCAAAAGGCCUUCAUGACACUGAUUUUUUCAAGAAAAUGGAUCCCUAUGUGAUUCUGACUUAUAAAACUCAGGAGCACAUAAGCAGUGUAGCCAAAAAUGCAGGGUCUAAUCCUCGUUGGAAUGAAAGCUUUCUUUUCACAGUUGCUGACAAUGUUGCUGAACUUAAUUUGAGGCUAAUGGAUAAAGAUAGAUUUACCAGAGAUGAUUUUCUUGGUGAGACAAUAAUUCAUUUGGGACCAGUUCUUGAUGAAUAUAGUGUGCCAGAAACUUGUUAUAAUGUUGUGAAGAAUCAGAAUUACUGUGGAGAAAUUCGUUUGGCUCUUACUUUUCAUCCAGAGGGUGGGUAUUACUGAGCUGUGCUAGGAGCAAAUUCAGAUUGGUGAAAGAUUUUGAGGGGAUGUAAGUGAGUGAGGGAAUAAAAUAAUAAUUGGUAGUUAUACCAACAUUUCUUGAAUUGGGCUAGAGAUUUCUUUGGGACAAUUACCAUGGAUAUUAUGUUGGGAAAAUAUGCUCUUUUCUUUUUCAAUUUCAACUUAAGUUUACUAUAAUA